UUAUUGCUUGUGGUCAUGUAUCAAAGGAAACGUUUUAGGAGAUAUCUGCAUUUGUUCUCCUAUAAAUUUGGUUCGUAUAACCUAACUCGUUAGCUAAAACAUUGAGCUAAACACUAAAACAAAAAAACAAUAUGGAAGGCUUGGGUAUGAUCAUAUUUCAAACCCGUAACAUUGUCUUGAUAAUCCUUCUUGUCAUUUCCUCCAACAAUUUAAUCUCUGCACUCAACAAAACAAAUGUCGAAUUCAUAAAAGCAUCAUGUGGUAUGACAACUUACCCAACGCUCUGCUUUAACUCACUCUCAACACGAGCAGGUGCAAUCCAGAGAAGCCCAAAGCUACUAGCCCAAACAGCUCUAUCUGUGACCCUUCACAUGACCCGCACCACCUCUUCGUCAAUGGUUAAAUUGUCACAAGUGCAUGGCAUGAUGCCUAGAGAGGUCGCUGCCAUGAAAGACUGCAUUGAGUUGCUGAAUGACUCGGUGUACAACUUGAAACAAUCGCUUGAGGAGAUGAGUCGACCAGGUUCCAAAGAUUCAGAGCUAGUGAUGAGCGACAUUCAGACAUGGGUCAGUUCAGCACUGACGGAUGAAGACACGUGCACUGAAGGGUUUAAGGAUGACCUGAAAAUGAAACGUGUUGUGAGAGGAAAGAUUGUGAAUGUUGCACACUUAACCAGUAACGCUUUGGCUUUGGUCAACAGUUAUGCUUCUUUACGCGGGUAGUUGAACUUGAAAUAUACAAAAUAUAGCAAGGAAACUUCAUAUAUCUUAUCAGAAGAAAUAGUGUAACCAGUAACGCUUUGGCUUUGGUCAAUAGUUAUGCUUCUUUACGCGGGUAGUUGAAAUAUACCAAAUAUAGUAAGCAACUUCAAUUACCUAAUCAGAAGACAAAGUGUAUGUAAAGUGUGAAUGUUUGGUAGAUUGUUUGUACCCUUCAUUGAUAAUGUACUGUCGAGUGAAAAUAUUAUCAUGUCUCUUGUUGUUGCACA